GCGGUUUUACUAGCCACGUUUCGCUAACGUAUAUCCUUACUAGACAUAAAGUUGUUUACAACUAAUUAAAACAUAGACAUAUAAACUAUUAUUUCCCGCCAGAAUAAACAUGAUCCGGAUAUUAAUCAGCAUUCUCUUCACGUCAGUUCUCUCAUCACCACCAUCAACGGAAACCGAGAAAGAACUAUCAAGAACACACCACAAACAGAAAAGAUUUAAUUUCCCCGGGGGUUCGUCAUCAAUGAUGGGUGGAGGCGGUCCAUUUCAUGGAGGUGGAUCAAGUAUGGGACCGAUGGGCGGAUCUUUAUCUCACGGACCAAUGAGUGCCCCCUCCAUGUCCGCGGGAUCGGGUAUACAAGGACCACAUCCACCAGGAGGUGGUAUGGGAAUGGCAAUGGGCGGACCCCAAUCCCCGGGCCACGCCUCUACUUUUAACCCCGCUAAGUGUUUACGACAGGUCAGGUGUCCUCAGUGGUGUUUGAUGGUUGACUCAUACGGAUGUCAUUCAUGUCCGUGUGGUCCAGGGGGCGGUAUGAUGGCGGUACCGGGAGGGUCCUUCAUGUCAGGAAUGCCGUCAAUGGGCGGGGCAGCAUUUUCUCACGUCAGUCAAGGAACUAAACCUAAAACUGACUGCAUCGGAGUGGAGCUGUGCAAAUCCACCUGCCAAGGACACCACACCUUAGGUCCUGUGGGAGCAGAUGGCUGCCCCUCGUGUCAAUGCAACUCGGUGGCAGUGGGGGCAUCGAAUGGUGGAUCUGGCUACGUGGCUGGCGGAUCAAACAAUGGUAUGAGUGGUGGAUCAAUUGGUGGUGCGGGGAGCGGAUCAAGUGUAGGAUUCGGUGGAGGAUCUGGUGCUGCAGGUGGAUCUAGUGGAGGUAGUGGAGGAUUUACACCCUUUAAAUUUACGGGGAGUGGAGGAGGGGGAGGAGGCAUGGUCACCGGAAGCCGUCCUUCUGUCGCUGGGACCACCGGAACAAGCACUCAAACCACAUACGUCGUGGCCCCUGUUAAAGAGUGCCGAACGGAGGCGAUUUGUAAAGAGACGUGUGGAUCUAACUUCCAGAUUGGCGGGACAGGAAAUGAUGGAUGUGGGACGUGUAUCUGUCUAAAACCUUCCGUGACAUAUACUCAAGGGAUUACACAAGUCGUUCAACCGGAAGUUCAACAAGUCGUGACCUUGACCUGUCCAAGCCUGACCUGUAAUUACGGAUGCAGUGUUGGUUAUAAGUGCGGGGAGGAUGGGUGUCCUACGUGCGACUGUGCAUUGCCUUCCGGUUACGCUACACACGAGGUGGUUAUCCAGCACAGAGUGAAUUGUGUGACCACAUUCAACUGUCCUACGUCAUGUGAAAUCGGGUAUACCUGUGGUACAGACGGCUGUCCUACAUGUGAAUGUUUAAAAGGAUAUGUGCAGACACAAACUACAAAUGAAUGCAUAGAUUGUGAAUAUAUCGAUUUCCUUACUCCUACACCAGAAAGUGUCACCUAUGUACAAACUGUUCCCAAACAAACAGAAACUGUUUACGUCACAGGAGGAAACGAAUGUCAUGAUUGUGACGUUAAACCGCAGAUGGUUUCCUACGUUCGACCAAGACCGCAGACGCAAACUGUGUAUGUUACAAACACAAAUGAAUGUCAUGAUUGUGAGCCCGUUAAACCUCAGAUGGUGUCAUACGUAAGACCUCGUCCCAAACCACGCCCCCAAACGCAGACUGUAUACGUCACAGGAACACAGACAGCAUGCAAUGGAUGUGAGAAACCGCAAACUUACUAUGUCCAAAAGCCUGCACCGGAAACUGUGUAUGUUGAAAAACUAGUACCGGAAGUAGAGAAAUCGGUCCCUAUCUAUGUUGAUAGACAACACCCACAAAAGCAAACAGUUGUCGUCACGCAAACUCAAACUCACUCAGAGUGUCACUACAGCAACACAUGUGGAUCAAGUCAUUACGUAUCAGGCUCUACAAGUGGUUCCUCGGGUGGAGUUAUUAUGAAUGUACUGACAGGCGGAUCUAGUCAUACAAGUGGUGGAUCUAGUUAUAGCGCUGUUAGUGGUGGUGGAUCCAGCUAUUCUGCGACAGGCAGUGGUGGAUCCAGUUCUUACGUCGGAGGCAGGGGUGGAGGCACUCCUUAUGGAAUAAGUGGAGGUUCAGCCGUGUACACCAAUGGACGCGUCAUUGGAGUUAGUGGAACCGGAAGUGCUUAUUGUCCUCCUAUGCGGCACGAUUGUCAUCCAGCAUGUAUCAAAUAUGAUGACCCCCACUGUAGAAGGUGCCUGUGUUAGACAGGGAGAAGACAAGAUAUUUGAACAACAAACAUUAUGUAUGGUUGUAGUCUUUACACCAAUAAAACCGCCAUAUGAU